AUGAAAUUUUCUUUAUUUUUAUUGAUACGAGGUGCGCUAAAAGCGAAUGAUUAUAUACUUACAAAGGAUUUUAUAAAACUUUCUGUUCAUUCUGGGACUGGAGGAAAUGGUAUUUUGAGAUAUAAUGGAAUUGGUGGAAAUGGGGGAUCUGUUUUUGUUAGAGCAAAUGAUAAAGUUACUUUUGAAGAAUUUUGUGAACAAUUUGAGGGACGUCCAGAAUUAAAAGCUGAACAUGGCCAACAUUCUAAACAAACAAAAUUAAUUGGAAAAAAUGGAAAAGAUUCUCUUUUCCAUAAACACUCGAAUUCUAACUGCCUUUAUUUUUUAUUUAGAGGUAAAAUUGGUGAACAUUUAGAUGUAAGUAUUCAUGUCAAAUUACGCCCAAAUAUUGGUUUAAUUGGCUAUCCAAAUGCUGGAAAAUCAACAUUAUUAAAAUCUCUAAUACCUAGCGGGCCUAAUAUUCAAAUAGCCUCUUAUCCAUUUACAACAGAAAAACCACAAAAUUCCUCCAAAGAAUUGAGAAUUUUACAACCUCUCGAAAAUACUCAAAAACAUUCUGUUAAACCAUUUCACGUUUCUCUUUCAAUUGCUGAUUUACCUGGGAUUGUUAAAGGAGCUUCACAAAAUUUAUAUAACGGAUUAAGCUGUUUAAAACAUUUGGAAUAUUCGGAAAUAAUUUUGAUGGUUGUGGAUGUUCAUGGAUUUAGACUUGAAUUAAAUGAUAAAUUAAUAACUCCACUUGAAACAAUUGCUUUAUUAAAUCGAGAAAUGGAGGAAUAUGACCGUAAAAUGAUACGUAAACCAAUUGUUUUGCUUUUAAACAAAAUUGAUGUUGAAAACGGGGAAGAGAUUUCCCAACAAUUAAUAGAACAUUUCAUUGGCCCAGCUUAUAAUACUUCAAAUUGGACAAAAUCCCUUCCUCAAGACAUUAAACCAAAAUUUCCAAUUAAUUUUAAAUCUGUCCAUGCAAUUAGUGCACAAAAUGGACAACUUGGAAAUUUACGUGAAAUUAUUGGAUCUAUUUAUUCAAAAUUACAUCCUUUAAAUAAACAAAAAUUUGAAGAAGAUGAAUUGGAAGAAAAAAGAAGAAGAAAAAUUGGUAAUAAAAAAUUGUUAUAA